AGACCAUCACGGAGCAAGGGUUUCCCGCUCUCCCACUGUCAAUAGCAUCUCACAUUUUCGUUAAGAUGGAGACCAGUCUGUGUCCAUAACCCUUUGCAGCCUUUCCCUGCUGUGCGUCUACUCCCUUGGUAGCUGUGCUGUAGGUGGGAGGAUAUUUGUCUGCAGAUCUGGCAUAUAGUGCGGGAGGGACUUGAUGCAGCUUCUCAUGCUUCUUAUCUCAGUGAUAAUUUCCUUUACUUGGCUGGCCCCAAGUUGAGAGGAAUGUGUGGGGUGGCAGUUAGGGAUUUAGGGAAGAUAAGCUUUUUUAAAAAACUUUUUUUAUAGCUUGUUUGGGAGAGGAAAUGGUGGGACCUGUCUCCCUCUCUCCCCCUUGGUAAGAGAGCAAGCAUUGGGUUGCACUUGCUCUCCAGUGUGUGUCUUUUCUGACUGAUUGCUGUUCUGGCCUCCCUGUCUUCAGUAAAAAGGGCUCCUAAUCCUCUCUGGAUGUCCAAGUCUUGCACUGUGCUUAAAGGUCUUCACUUCCUCGUAUAUCUAGUCAUUGCUCUAGACUUGCAUUGUCUACUUCAAUACACUUGUCGCCUUCAAUGUGCUGCCUUCUGCACGGGGGCUUGCCAAAAACCUGACAGCAUUGCAACUGCGCUGAAGCAGCUGCAUGGUUCUGCCUGCUGCUUGUGGUGCUUUGCUCUGCCAGUCGGAGACUGGUCUGAGCCCAGAGACCCAGGUGUUGCACUCUUAGCUGACAGUUCGCUGCAAUUGCUUACAGUUUAGAGUACACAUGGUGGCCCAUGUUUCUGAUGAGCUGUACCUGUAGACUGCUCAAAAUCUUCGUGCUCAGAAUGCCAGCAAAUUCCUCUUUUUGAAUGAUGUUCCACAAAUGCCUAAUGAAAGGCCUGAGAGCCAGUGGUGCAUCUGCCCAGCAUGUACAUGCCUUACAGUACAUCCACCAAUAUCUCACAGAGCUUCUGGUCUGCUUUAAAAAUGUCUCAUAAAAUUCACUUUCUCUCAGCCUGGAAUUUGUAGAACAACAGGUACUUCAUAUGUCCCAUCUGGGGACUGGUCUCCUUUUGAGAAGACAUAAAUCACUAAUCCUGUAAAAUACAUAGAGAUAGCGAAGGCAAAGCAGAGGAAGAAAAGCCAAAGAAAACCCCAAUUUGUUGUUGUACCAAUUCUGCAUGUCUCCAGAUUACAUUAAUGGUACUUCGGCCUGAGGGACUCUUCAGGAGUGGCCUCCCUGAUGCCAUUUGUAUUUAGCCAAAUUAAAAAUUUAUGCAGAAAACAAAGUAGCAACUUUCCUUUUUUAACACUACCUUUUUUAAGUAGCCAGGUCUAGCAUAGCACAAACCUUAGCGCUUCAUCAGCUCUCAGCCGUCAUGGAAGUUAGAAAUCCAAAAGCAAGAUUUUUGGAUAGGAUGAAGACUGUUCUUGGAACCCAACCCUUGCCUGUAGUGUUAGAGGCACAGAAGUUUGGGGAGCAUAGCAACUUGCAGAAUGCCACUUGGGUCCUACAGUAACUUCGGGAGAGCUUUGCCUGGAAUUAGGGAAUAGCAAUGCCACAGUGCAAUAACUUAACUAAGGAUGGUGGAAAUGAAGAUAGAGCAUGAAUGUGUUUCUUCAGACUAGUGUUAUAGCAGCACAACACUGAUGCAAAGAUGCAGGUGACACCCAGAAUGCAGAGAGACCAACCUGCUUCUGGUUCCAGAACCAGUUUGUUCCUGGGGACCUCCAGGCAGUGCUGCACGCUAUGGUGUGAACAUGCUCUCUAGUGAUCAGGCAUGUGCGGCAGGGGUUAGUUUUUAGAGAAGAGCUAGGUUGUUGAGAUUAGAUCCACCUUCCAUAGGCUUGCUAAGCAGUAAUUCUGUAAGUGGUACCAUUGCAGAUUGAGUGGAUCUCACUGAUAACCCAGCACCUGAAUUGCAGGAGAGUGCAACAGGGACCCAGAUAAAUUGGAAGCUUUGAUGUCCAAGUUCAGGUAAUGGAAGGUUACUGACUGGAUCUCUUAGUUAUUUGGUGGUGAUGGUGUCAGGUGAAAAAAAAAACAUUUCAGUUUACAAGAAAGCUCUGUGCAGAAGUAGUAGUGUGCUACUGCGAUGUAUCUGACAGGUAGUGCUGGGAUUUGUGUUGGUGCUCACUGGGGAAACUCAGAAGUGGGAUGCUGGGUUUAAGGAGGCUGGCCAGCAGCGUGGAGUUAGAGAGCUUGGGCUGUGGAAAACUUGGAUGGGGUAGCGUGUUACAGAGGAUUUCCUAAGAGUAUGGAGCAAGCCUAUGAAUAAAGGAUGUGACUGACUGACUGACUGGAUUUGCAGUUUGGAGUGGAGAUUUUUCUCCUGCAAACUUCCUGCACGCACUCUGACUGGAAUGCUAUUGCUUAAGUAUUUUGCAGGACUGAAAUCUCUGCAGUACUGCUCAUGCACUCCCUGCCUCUUCUUCAGCAGCUCUGCUGUCACACUGACAUCACCUGCGCACGUGUGACUUGCCUUCCCACGAGUAUAUCCUGACGCUUCUGACUUGUUCUCCUUUUUCAUGGGGUCAUACUAUAGUUACUUUUUAAGUGUCCUUGUAUACUUAUUAUUACUAUUUUCCGUUUUAGUUGCUGUCAUUAUCUUACUUUAUUUUUACAUUCAGUUGUACAUUUAUUUUAUACAAUGUUUUAGAGAUGAAAGUCCUUAACAUUUUUGUUCUUAUGUACUAUGCUUUCAGUGUUAUAACCAUACAAUUGUGGCUUCUCAUGGUGACAUAUGACUGCUAUGAAUGUUGGGCCUUUGCAAUGCAUUUUGGAGGUCACUACUACACAUUUGAUGUUUAGGAGGUUGACAGGUAUGGCUGUAGUGCCCCCAAGAUGAAAUGUCUGAAUCUGGGCAGUCCUCAGCAGCUGCCACACCGAGCACGACUGGAACCAAGUCCAACACUCCCACGUCAUCUGUGCCCUCUGCUGCCGUCACACCCUUGAAUGAGAGUAUCCAGCCCAUCAGUGAAUACAAUGGCACGACCAAGAGCAAUAAGAGAGCACGAGAAAAGCGGAACAGCCGGAACAUGGAAGUCCAGGUCACGCAGGAGAUGAGGAAUGUUAGCAUAGGAAUGGGCAGCAGUGAUGAGUGGUCCGAUGUUCAGGACAUCAUAGACUCUACUCCAGAGCUGGACAUGUGUCAAGACCCCCGCCUGGAACGCACUGGUAACAGCCCAACACAGGGGAUUGUGAACAAAGCAUUUGGCAUCAACACAGACUCUCUGUAUCAUGAACUUUCCACAGCAGGUUCUGAGGUUAUCGGAGAUGUUGAUGAAGGAGCAGAUCUGCUAGGGGAGUUCUCAGUACGGGAUGAUUUCUUUGGAAUGGGCAAAGAAGUGGGGAAUCUGCUGUUGGAGAACUCGCAGCUACUGGAGACCAAAAAUGCUUUGAACGUUGUGAAGAAUGAUUUGAUUGCCAAGGUGGACCAGCUGUCUGGAGAGCAAGAAGUGCUGAAGGGCGAGCUUGAAGCAACGAAGCAGGCCAAAGCCAAAAUGGAAACCAGAGUCAAGGAGCUGGAGGAGGAGCUGAAAAGAGUGAAAUCUGAAGCGAUUGUUGCCCGACGAGAACCCAAAGAGGAGGUGGAGGAUGUAAGCAGCUAUCUCUGUACAGAAUUGCAGUGCUCCUCCCCCCUGCAGGACAACAUUCCCAUAGCUCAGCGCCGCCGCUUCACUCGCGUGGAAAUGGCCCGGGUUCUGAUGGAGCGCAAUCAAUACAAAGAGAGGUUGAUGGAGCUCCAGGAGGCUGUCAGGUGGACAGAGAUGAUCAGAGCUUCCCGUGAGCACCCGUCCGUCCAGGAGAAGAAGAAAUCCACCAUCUGGCAGUUCUUCAGCCGUCUGUUCAGCUCCUCCUCGAGUCCCCCGCCAGCCAAGAGGACCUACCCAUCUGUGAACAUCCACUACAAGUCUCCAACAACAGCAGGGUUCAGCCAGCGUCGCAGUCACACCAUGUGCCAGAUCUCCUCCGGCAGCCGCACCCUGGAGUUCUUCCCUGAAGAGUUGGGAAGUGACGCUGUUUCUUCUCUCCUCAGUGACUGUACGUCCUCAGCGCGUCGGGAGCAGAAACGGGAGCAGUACCGCCAGGUCCGGGAGCACGUACGGAACGAUGACGGGCGAUUGCAGGCCUGUGGCUGGAGCCUCCCUGCCAAAUACAAACAGCUGAGUCCCAACGGUGGGCAGGAAGACACCCGCAUGAAAAACGUCCCCGUACCUGUCUAUUGUCGCCCCCUUGUAGAGAAGGACCCGACCAUGAAGCUGUGGUGUGCAGCUGGAGUCAAUCUCACGGGAUGGAGACCUUUGGAGCAGGACCCUGGGAACGGGCAGAAAUUGGAUCCUGGACGUGAUCCCCUCACCUGUGAUAGGGAAGUGGAAGGCGAAAACAACAAAAGUAGCCAUACGUCUCCUGAAAAGAAGAAGGCAAAGGAGCUCCAUGAAAUGGAUGCCACGUCCAGUCGUGUCUGGAUCCUCACUAGUACGCUGUCAACAAGUAAAGUUGUAAUUAUUGAUGCCAAUCAGCCUGGCACAGUGGUGGACCAAUUCACUGUCUGCAAUGCUCAUGUGCUCUGCAUCUCCAGCAUCCCUGCGGCCAGUGAGAGUGAUUAUCCUCCAGGCGAGAUCUUUCUGGAGGGAGAUGUAAAUCCUGAAGAGUCGUCUGGAACAGAUGGUGUCUUGGCAGGGAUCACUCUGGUGGGCUGUGCGACCCGCUGCAAUGUGCCACGAAGCAACUGUUCCUCGCGUGGUGACACACCUGUGCUGGACAAGGGACAGAGUGAGGUGGCGGCUGUCUGCAAUGGGAAGAUCAACCAGUCCCAGUCCACUGAAGAGGCAACAGAAGCUAUGGAGGUACCAGAGAACGGUACAAGCGAGGCAGAGCCUGCUCAGGCCAGGCCUGGGCCCCUCACGGAGCACGUGUUUACCGAUCCAGUCCCUGCACAGGCGCCUCUUAGGCAGAACGGGGAGAAUGGUCAGCUGAAGACAGAGUCAAGCACAACACUGCCAGAUCAGGAGUUGAAUGGGGAUGCUGCUGGGACUUGCACCAGUGCUGCCCCCACCAUGUGGCUGGGAGCACAGAACGGCUGGCUUUAUGUGCACUCAGCUGUAUCCAACUGGAAGAAGUGUCUGCAUUCGAUAAAGCUGAAGGACUCUGUACUGAGUCUAGUGCAUGUGAAAGGGAGGGUCCUUGUUGCUCUGGCAGAUGGAACACUAGCCAUAUUCCACCGGGGAGAAGAUGGUCAGUGGGAUCUCAGUAAUUACCACCUAAUGGACCUUGGUCACACUCACCAUUCCAUCCGCUGCAUGGCUGUUGUGUAUGAUAGAGUCUGGUGUGGCUACAAGAACAAAAUCCAUGUUAUCCAACCUAAGACAAUGCAGAUUGAGAAAUCUUUUGAUGCCCAUCCUCGGCGGGAGAGUCAGGUGCGACAGCUGGCAUGGAUUGGAGAUGGAGUAUGGGUUUCUAUCCGCCUGGACUCCACUCUGAGGCUUUACCAUGCCCACAGCCAUCAACAUCUGCAAGAUGUCGACAUUGAGCCUUACGUCAGCAAGAUGCUAGGCACUGGAAAGCUGGGCUUCUCGUUCGUGCGGAUUACAGCUCUGCUCAUUGCUGGCAACCGCCUCUGGGUAGGGACAGGGAACGGUGUCGUCAUCUCCAUUCCACUGACUGAGACUGUAGUCCUCCACCGAGGCCAACUCCUUGGGCUCCGGGCCAACAAGACCUCACCAACCUCUGGAGAGGGCAGCCGCUCUGGCGGGGUCAUCCAUGUGUACGGUGAUGACAACAGUGACAAAUCUGCCAGCAGUUUCAUUCCCUACUGCUCCAUGGCUCAGGCACAGCUCUGUUUCCAUGGCCACCGUGAUGCUGUCAAGUUCUUCGUCUCUGUGCCUGGCAAUGUCCUAGCAACCCUGAAUGGGAGCGUGUUGGACAGCCCCUCGGAGAACCCCAGCACGGCAGCCACAGAGACCGAGGGGCAGAAGCUGAAGAACGUCCUGGUGCUGAGUGGAGGAGAAGGGUACAUAGAUUUCCGGAUCGGGGAUGGAGAAGAUGAUGAGACAGAGGAGAAUGCAGGAGAUCCCACCCAGGUGAAGCCAGUACUUUCGAAGGCUGAAAGAAGCCACAUUAUUGUGUGGCAGGUAUCGUAUAUCCCUGAGUGAGAAUUUCUCCUUUCCCACCAAUGUAAGUGUCCCUCCUCCCACCUGAAUGCCAAGAUGUACAUACAGAACGCCUGCAUUAUACCUACUGCUGGAAACCGACCCCAGACAACUGCAACGGCUCCUGCCUUGGACUGUGACCCCCUUCUAACCUCUGAACUCGCAGCUUUCAUCUUGGGCCCGUGAGCUUUCUGCGUGGUUGGAUUAUUGUUCUGCUCUGGAGCUGGCAUCUACAAGGAGAGAAAUGGCAGUGCAUCGAUGAAGUGAAGCUUGGAGCUAGAACUGUGCAAAGCCUUUGCCCAGUGCUCAGGAGCUGGCAGCUGGAUGGGUGGUGGCUCGGGUUCUCCAGCAGGUUGCCUCACUCCCACCUGCAUGAGAAAGUAGUACAUCCCCCAGGCGUCCCCCGCCAAAGCAGUGAAGGUGAAUCACAACUUUUAGAGCACCCUAGCAGAAAUCCUUUUCUAGUUCAUCAGUGGACUCUCCACCUUAUCCACCCUUAAGCACAGAAUAAUGUCCCACGGACUCAAGAGCAGCCAGGUCCGAGGAACCCUCAAUAGAAAGGAGUGUCAGGGUUUGGGCAGCACUUCUGCCAUGCCAUCACUGUGGGGAACACAUCCUCCGUACCUGCAGAUGGCAAGUCCCUCAUCUGCUGCUGUUGUCUCAGCGUUGUGUGCUGGGUGCCUGUGUCUGGAGAGGAUUGUUCGGUAGCCUCAGAUAGUGUUUGAUCAUGGAGGCCAGAGGGUCUUUGGCAACUGUGGUAGCAAAGGGGUAUUGGAACCUUGAUUUUUUUUAAGAGCAGAAAAGGCAGCAAUACUUUUCACUCCCCCUUCCAAAAAUGACAGGCAGAAAAGAACUCUUGAGUUCAUUCUGAGAUGUUCAGGAGACAGGUGUCUCUGCAUAGCAUUCGUUGGGUUUUAAAACACAGGAUGGGAGCAGAUAAUGCUGGUCUGCUGUGAAUUCUGUGUGAACACAUUGAGAUUACCUUGACUCAUAAGUCUGUCUCCCCACCCCAGGAACUGCUGGAAGGGAGACACCUGUUUUCCUUCACGCUGUGACUGUUGGUUAGGAAAGACUUUGUAGUUGCAGUCAGGGUUUAGAAAGGCUGUGUCUCGCCUGGGGUCAGGCAGAAAAAGGAAUUGAAGCCAGAUUUCCUGGCCUCUUUUAUCUAACAUCGCAAGCACUGAGUUUGUUACUUAGUAGUUCGAAAAGCUGGAAAUUUCUAACUCCUGAAAAGAAUUGACAGCCCCUGAGAAAAAUUCUGACAGCCCUCCUCGCGUAAGCAGUGCUGGGGAUUUGCAAAUGUGUCUCCUGCUUACAAGAGAAGCAGCAAAAAAUGGGGCCAGGAAGAGCAGUUUUGAGCUCCAGACACAGAACAUGGCAGGUCCAGAUGCAGGGGCAUUGGUUUGUCCUCCCUUUCUGACAGUGGAAACAGUCCUGUCUCCACAGGGACAAGUUCUGUUUCCUUUGAACACUCCCUCCUGUAUGUGCAGGACUGGAGUGAAUAGCAGUUGUUAGCGAUGAAUUUAGAAGCUCCUAGUGGUCAUCUUGCUUCUUCCCCGAGCUGUGCAGCACUCGGGGGUUCACAGGGAUGUCCCUGUGCCAGUUGGCACUAUGGGGACAGUUGAGGAAGGCCUCCAUCUCCUGGAAAGCUCCCAGCCAUGUCCUGUGCCUGUGGCCACAGGCCAGGCUGCCCCCAGGGCUUGUGGUCUAAAGCUACUGAUGUGCUGCAGGGAUGCAGUAUUCCCAGGGGAAGCUCUAACAUGUGGCAUCUGUCCUGACACAGCAUCACUGAAAACAGUUUUUGGAUCCACAGAUCAGGAAAGGCUGGGGCAUACAUUUCCCCUGCAAGGAGGCAAGAGGAUGUCUCUGGAGAACAGAGGCCUCAGCCACCAAAGCGCAGAGCCACAGUGGUGCCCACGGUGCUGCUGACACGCACACCCACACCACUCUUCACCAAGAUAGGAAACCAGCGGGAUGGUGUCCUCCAGCCAUGAGCACACGGGCUCUCUGGCUGGCAUUUGUCUAAGGGGUGCUUGGAGCCACCACCGGCAUGCGGGGGGACCUUUCACCAGGGGAGUUUCACCAGGGCACUGCUGACCAUGCCAGGUUUCCCAUUUGCUUUCCCACAGUGCUUUCUGCUAGGAAGAGCUCUUUGGAUCACAACGCAGAGUGCAUUAAAGUUAACAGGAUACAUAAACAUUUAGAUCACAGAUUCCACAGAAAUGUAAUGGUUCACCAGUUGGGGCCAGGUAAACUUCAUCAUUUGGGCUAAUUGAAGGGAAAAAAAAAAAAAAAAAAGCACUGUAGUAGGGCCCAGUUCCUUAGUUCUUCCCUAGGAAAAUAGAGAAUUGCAACGUUUUUACCUCUUACUGUUUGUUUCUGUAUCUGGUUUUAGCUGUCAAAGUGCCAGUGCUCGGUCUACUGUCACCCACUGGGCCCUGGCAACAUAAGGAAACCAGUCUUGGGCCUCUACCAACAGGUUCCUUUCCAGCUCAGUGUAUGUUUUCCUCCAAGAGAAGCACAUGUCCAAGGGGGCAGCUACAGCUCAGUACAACCAGCCUCUGCUGUCAGCUCCUGUGGGCGUUUGGUGGCUGCUGGGCAGCAAGGUGAGAACUGACUGGCUUCAGCACACUUCCCUGUCGUAUCUCCACUGUGAUGUAUGUAAAGUAUCUUGUAUGUUACAAAAGAUUUUAAAAAGCGUCUUAAGGCCUGUAAACUCCGCUAUUUGGUCAGAAGAUGGCAUUCUGUAAAGAGACUGCUGUAUGAAUACCUUCCCAUGCUUUGUCCCCUAUGCUAUCAAACAACAAACCAUAUCUGUUCUGUACGUAAUAAAUGUGUUAACAUCA